AUGAAGCAGCUGACUUCAUGUGGCUCGAUGAAUAUGGCGUGUAUCGGGGACGCAGACCCGUUCACUGCUGCGAUACCUGCCACCAAAGUUGAACUCACGGUUUCUUGUCGAAACCUGCUGGACAGAGACACGUUCUCCAAGUCUGAUCCUAUUUGUGUGCUGUACACUCAAGGAAUAGCCAACAGGGAAUGGAGAGAGUUUGGCAGGACAGAAGUCAUAGACAACACCCUCAACCCUGACUUUGUCCGCAAAUUCAUGGUGGACUAUUUCUUUGAAGAGAGGCAGAAUCUACGCUUUGACCUGUAUGAUUUAGACUGCAAGAGCGACAACCUCUCUAAACACGACUUCCUGGGCCAGGCGUUCUGUACACUGGGCGAGAUAGUCGGCUCCCUGAGAAGCCGCUUAGAAAAACCUUUGAUCGGGAUCCCCGGGAAGAAAUGCGGCACCAUCAUAGUUAGAGCAGAGGAGCUGAGCAACUGCAGGGAGUCGGUGAUGCUGCAGUUUUGUGGUAACAAACUGGAUAAGAAGGACUUCUUCGGAAAAUCUGAUCCUUUUCUCGUCUUUUACCGCAGUAACGAAGACGGAUCGUAUACCAUCUGCCACAAAACAGAGGUGGUGAAGAAUACUCUGGAUCCGGUGUGGCAGGCUUUUAAAAUCCCUGUCAGGGCGCUUUGCAACGGAGAUUAUGACAGGAGCAUUAAGGUGGAGGUGUACGACUGGGAUAGAGAUGGAGGUCACGACUUUAUCGGAGAGUUCAGCACCAGCUACAGAGAAAUGUCCAGAAGCCAGUCACAGUUCCACGUCUAUGAGGUUUUAAAUCCAAAGAAGAAAGGAAAGAAGAAGAAAAAGUACCUAAACUCAGGAACGGUCACCCUCCUGUCCUGUCUGGUGGACACUGAGCUUUCCUUCCUGGACUACAUCAGAGGCGGGACUCAGAUUAAUUUCACAGUGGCAAUUGAUUUCACAGCAUCAAAUGGCAACCCGUCCCAGCCCACCUCGCUGCAUUACAUGAGCCCGUACCAGCUGAAUGACUACGCCAUGGCGCUGCGGGCGGUCGGAGAGAUCAUACAAGACUAUGACAGCGACAAGAUGUUUCCUGCGCUGGGCUUUGGCGCCAAGCUUCCCCCUGACGGCCGAGUCUCGCACGAGUUUGCCCUGAAUGGUAAUCCACAAAACCCGUACUGCAACGGUAUCGAGGGGGUGAUGGAAGCCUAUUACCAGAGCCUCAAAUCUGUGCGUCUCUACGGACCCACCCACUUCUCCCCUGUUAUUAACCAUGUGGCCAGGUAUGCGUCAGCAGUGACAGACGGCUCACAGUACUUCAUCCUGCUCAUCAUCUCCGAUGGCGUGAUCACAGAUAUGGCACAGACGAAGGAGUCCAUAGUUAAUGCUGCGUCUCUGCCCAUGUCAAUUAUAAUAGUUGGGGUUGGACCAGCGGAAUUUGAUGAAAUGAUCGAGCUGGACGGGGACGAGGAGAGGAUCUCAUCCCAAGGACGAUACGCCGAGAGGGACAUUGUUCAGUUUGUUCCUUUCAGAGACUACAUCGACCGGCGAGGAAACCACAUCCUCAGCAUGGCUCGACUGGCUAAGGAAGUACUAGCCGAAAUCCCCGACCAGUUCCUGUCCUUCAUGAGGACCCGAGGGAUCAAACCUGGCCCGCUUCCACCUCCUUACACCCCCUGUCUACCACCAGCUAUCCACCCCCUCCUCACCAGACGGGUAAGCCGAAUCUAG